AUGGAAAGGGAUAAGGGAGCAGAGGAGCUUGGGGAGUAUAAGGCAGAAGAGGCAGUCGAUCCGUAUAUCAGUCCUGAGUUCUGCCAGCGCCUCGGCCUCCGGCCUGGCCAUAAGGUGCUGGACGUCGGCUGCGGGUCAGGAGGGUCGCCCUUCUUCAUGUCGCGGCUCUACGGGGUCCACGUGCACGGGGUCGACUUAUCCAGCAACAUGAUAGACCUUGCAGUGCAACGGCAGACUCACCUCCGACGCGCGCUGAGGAAGAGAGUAAUAUCAGUGCACUUCGAACUCAGGGACAUCUUAGAUGCUGAUUAUGACGCCAGCAGCUAUGACGUCAUCUACAGCCGUAACUCCAUCUUCCAUAUUGAGAAGAAGGAAGAAUUAUUCGCCAAACUCUAUGUGAGUCUCCAAGAUGAAGGUGUAGUAAAGUGUGAAAAUGGAACUAAUGGAGAAUCGAACAGUGAUCAGGAUUAUAUACUUGAAUGGCCUCACACCAUAAGUGACCUUCGAUGA